AUGUUGGAGUUUGGCGAUGGAAUACCCAAGGCUCCGCUGAUUUGGGUGCACACAUUGAUGUCGUUGGUGUUGUUGUUUUACCUCAAUGCACCCAGCCAAAAUGAUUCGCACAGAUUCAAGAUUGUUCGGAGAUUGCAGCAGUUCGGAGUGGAUCCAGAUACUCUGCACUAUUCUCUGUUUGAGAAGCCGAACACUGUAUAUUGCAUUUUUCAAGUUGAUUUCGACAUGGGUCGAUUUCGUUCGGGCUACCGUCAGCCCUCAUCACUUUUGUAUGUGGGAAGCACUGCUGUCGGUGCAGCCAAGCGGCAUUUGAACCGCAUGGCAGUCUACAGAAGACUUCAAAGAACCGAAUUUGUGGAUGCAGAAUUGUCCCUGAGAUAUUGGGCAUCCCAACACAACCUUUUCCAGUUUGUCCUUGUUCCGCUGGAAUUUUGUGACAGUUACCAGCGAGCUUGGACUGUUGAGCACGAACUCAUUGCUCAAUGGCAGGCACCUUUGAAUUAUCCCAGAGCAAUGUCUCUCAUUAAGAAGACCGCUCUUGGUUUCCGGAUUUCGUCCAAACGCAGAGGGUCAUUGUAUUGCACCUUUGGACUCCGACUCUGGCGCAAACUGCGAAAGCGCAUGUUUGGUCGCAGUUCGAAAUUCUUCAUUCAUGAUUCUCGGGAGUUAGCCUGGGGGCUGCUGUUCAAGUUGGCAUCGAGAACCCGAGCAUCCUUUGAAACAGCGAAGCUGCUCCGAUCCAAUAAGACGGCUGACGAGGAAGUGUAUGCCCUCAUCAAGCUCAGUCGCAAUAUCGAAAACCCUCAUCGCAACAGGGUGCAAGGAAUACUCAAAGGUGUAGUCAAGUUUCGCAAGAAGAUGCACUGGCCACGGACUUCCCGACCUUUGGGAGUCCUGCCAACUGCGUCUCCUUCGUUUUCCAAGGAGUGCGAGAAGUGGUUAAAAGACCUCAUCCUCCGGUACAAGUAUCUUUUUCCAUCUUUUCAUGUUCCAAAGAACAGCCUACGUGAAGUUCCGCACCAGAGUAUCAAGAAAUUUCUCCACAACUUCCGAUCUUGGGAAGAAACGAUGUGGGAGCACGACUUUGAUUUGGAGUCGGUGCACUGUCCGUGUGAGCAGUUUGCAGGAAAACUUCCUGCUCAUUGCUUCGUGUCUGGCCACGUAGCCACAGGUUUGGAGAACCUGACCAAGCUACUACCAGGCUGUUCGAGCAUCUUAUCGGCCAGUGCCGCGAGCACCUUUUUCCCAGGCCGCAAUCACUGGAUGGCCAAGUCCAGAGCUCUGUUUGAUCAGUGGCUCAAAAGACACAAGCUACCAGCGACGUUGCAUCCAAUUUUUCAAUCCUUUUGCGAUCACCAGUGGCAGCAACACGUUGCAGCCCUGGAACAAUCAGACAGACUACACUGGGCUUUGGUACAGAAGGUGAAGUCUGCCUUGCACUCGGGUUUUGUUCUGUACAACGAAGAUCAUCAUCCGAAUCAUGUCGUGUGCUAUUGUCCUCGCUUCUUCCUUCGAGGAGUUAGCACCACAUGGAACGAUCCUUCUGUGUUUCGUACUCUUGAUGGUACCCCUGAAGAAUGGAGACAGCGCAUUUUGAAGCGCGUUCCUCGAGAUCUGUCCAGAAGAUACGCCUGGGCCUUCAAAGAAACAGCUCCGCUGCCCCAGGGCACUGUGUUCCUGAAACGGAAAAAACAGUUUGCCAAGGGACGGACUAUCAUUUCGUAUUCCAAUUCGUUGUGCAGCAAGCUGUUGGAGCUGACUUCCAUUGCGUUAACUUUAAUGGUCAAGACGCUGUUUGCUGACAGCCCAGGCAUGCAGAGCAUGCCACAGCUCUGGAAGUCUCUUCAUGCUUAUUGGGCGAAGCCCAGUCAAGAGGAAGACGUCGAAUGGAACGACGAUCUCGUGGGAUUUUUCAAUGCAGUUCCCCGAAAAGACAUCAUGCACGCAGUGCAUUUGAUUGUCCAGGAAUACUGCCAAACUUCUGGCUGUUCGAUCCUUUCGAUCGAUAUGUUGUCAAAAACGGGACACCCGGGCAAACCUCGGGGGAGAACAAAAUCAAACUUGAAGAGGUGUUGGGUUUCUGAUGUUCCGCUGAUUGUGGAUCUAUCCUUCGCCACGGGCGUUUUUACAGCUGCUGGAAAGUGCAGGCAGCAAGUGGAGGGGACGUGUAUAGGCAAUCAAAUAUCGCCGAUCCUCUCCGGACUUCCUGUACUCCUGGCCGAGCGGCAGUUUUUGCAAUCUUUGCCGACAGCCAUCCAAUCGUCUUUCUUGUUUCUCCGUUACGUCGAUAACAGAACCUUGGCAACCGGCUCAGAGAGUCCGAGGGAGCUGGCAUGCUACCAAAAAGCCAGGGAGACUUCCAGCCCGUUCGAGCAGGUGGCCAUAGCUGUGGCAGGUUCCGCCGUAGAAGUUCGCAGAGGAGCCGCCCAGAAGCCUCAGAAAAUUCUAUUGUCGUCCCAACUCCGGAGAUUCUGCGAUCCCAACUUUUAUGAUGGGAUUCAGUUGGAAACUGUGUCAGACCAUCAAUGGUUGGGUUUUACCAUUUGUGCCAAGACUCGCUCAGCAACUUUUAAUCUCCCGGAGCAACCGUGGCAGAUCCGCUCGCCCAACAGCGCUGGAUCGUGGCAGCUGGCAGCCUCGGGAUACUUUUAUCGAGAAUAUUUCAACCCCGAGCCAUGGCCCAGCAAUACCAUUUUCACUUCUACGGAGGACCCCCUGGAGUGCAGACUUCAAGCGGACCACAACCUCCGGUUACAAUUCUUUCGACUCCUCAGGAAGCUAGCAGAGCUCGGUCGGUUUCGGUACACCCACCACCUCGAGCUCCGCUUCCAAUUCAACUCACACCGGGUGAGCCGGCCAGGUCUACUCACCCCAGCCGUGAGCGUCAUGAUCGCAGUCGCUCGAGACGACGACGGCGUCGACACCAUCGGCAUGAACGUCAACCUGAGGGACCUCCCGCGGCCCCAGUUCGACCAGUUCUGCCUCCCCCUCAGCCUCCCACUCGACCACCAACAAGGCCCGAUUUUGAAUAACAAGGAGCCUGUUGCGGCAGCUCCCUCACCGGAGUUUCACAAGAACACGUCGCCCAAGACACCUCCCAAGAAUUCGGCUCCAAAGAGCCCAGUUCCUCCUGCUCAAUCCGGUUUGAUUUCUGUUGAUGAGGAACAGCUAUUUCAUGCUGCUCAUCGCAGCAGCUAUGAACAACUGCGAGAGCAAAUCACAGCUCGAGCCAAAGGCCGCAAUGCUGUCGAUUUCUAUGAGGAGGGAAUGAGUUCUCUCUUGGCGUAUAUGUUCUUCGUUUUGCAUUAUCAUGAGAACUUUCUCACAACCGAAGGCUUGCAUACGUGGCCUAUUAUCCCACAUUCUCAUAUGCGACGAUUCACUGAUCGCAUCACUUUUACUCGGCAACGUUCAUUGCCAGUCUCAAAAAUCCUCAAAGAGGAUGUUGAGGAUGUGCUGAAAUUUUUGUUGACCCGAUUUGGCCAGGCAGACCGACCUUUUCUGCCUGUGAUUCCUAUUGGCCAACGGGAGAUUGUCACUCUUGCCCGGUCCAUUUUGGCCAGCAAGAUACCAUAUAAGACAAUUUUUCAGCAUGAUGCCAAGGCGUAUGCCAUGCCCCAAGAAGCAUUGCAUGUUUGGGAGUUUCCAGUGGCACAUAUGCCAGGACCUGAAGAGCAGACCAACUGCUAUUAUCUUUGGGGACACGGGACCACGGCCGAAGGCCUGGUCGGCAUCCUCACGUUGGGCAGGGUCAUUCGCUCUAGCGCCGAAGCUGUACAUGUGGCGCCGCACGAUCAUGUGUGCUCCUUUUAUGGCAAAGCCACACAACACGUGUACUAUGAAGAGAGCAAGUUAGACUUCGUGUCAAAACUGCACCACUCCACGAAGAAUUCCGCAGGAGUGGUCGUGGGAGGAUAUCUUGGAUCUGCGCAUCACAAAUCCAAGUCCUCCAGCACUGUACAUGAAGGACAUUUGUGCAAGUUCCACCCGCUUGUACACUCCCCUUCAGGAGAUAAGCGCUGGGCGGUGCGUGAAGCCGCAGGACGCAUUGACAAAAUUUGGAUUUUGUCAAGCACCCAUUCCGUUACGUUGCCGAUGUCCACCCCCAACAAUCCCCGGCCGAUUACUUUUGAAACGGGGGAAGGACAGGAUUGGGGAGUCAGCUGGCCUGGCUUGGAGUACUCUGUACGAAGCACCGAAGCUUUACCGGUCUCCGAUGUACAGAGAGAGGCUUAA